AUGGCGUCGUUAUGUUCAGUUCCAAACCUGCGCCAGAACCUGUUGCGGGGUGGUGCCACGGAAGAUACCCUUGCUGUCCUAACAGGCGUUGAAUCCAAAUGGCAAGAGGAUGGUGGACAACAGACUCUUAGCCCGAUCUCAUAUGAUAAUCAGGGCAGGUCUGGGGACUUUACGCACCAUACGUGCCAAACAACGCCAGCUGCCACAAAGUUUUGCAGCAAGCUUCACAGAGCAGUUUUCCCCGCCCAACAGCAAGCAUGUGAAACAUGA